AAUUACUCCAUUAUUACUCCCUAGAAAUCAAUUUCGGAUAAAUAAUUCGUUUGCGUGUUUUGUCAGAAAAAACUAACAGCAGCAAUGAAUAACUAGACUAUCAAGCUAUUGGAAGUUCCCUACCGUGUGCGUACACGACCGACAAAAGCGACAUUUUUCUACGUUCGUGAUUUGUUAUUGAUGCGGAAAGACGAAGUUGUGUCAGUUCUAUUCUAGUCAAAGUGAUAGGCGUAGUUUGCUACAGAAAGUUUUAACCAAACGCUAAAAUGGAGCAGGUGUCGAAGCUCCGAAUGAAUCUAGAGAAGCAGGAGAGUCUGGUCAAGCUGGGAAUACUGACAACGGCUGCCAUUCUAUCAUUUUCAACGAGACUGUUUUCGGUGCUGCGCUUCGAGAGUGUCAUUCAUGAAUUCGAUCCGUACUUCAACUAUCGAACCACCAAGUUCCUAGCAGAGCAGGGUUUUUACAACUUCCACAAUUGGUUCGAUGAGCGAGCGUGGUAUCCGCUGGGGCGUAUUAUAGGCGGAACCAUUUACCCGGGCCUGAUGGUUACAUCGGCUACGCUAUAUCGCAUCAUGUGGAACUUAAACAUCACGGUCGAUAUCCGAAAUGUGUGCGUGUUUCUUGCUCCGUUCUUUUCUUCUCUCACGACCAUUGUGACGUAUCUGCUGACGAAGGAAAUUUACAGUACUGGGGCAGGAUUGGUGGCGGCUGCCAUGAUCUCCAUCGUCCCCGGAUAUAUUUCCCGUUCCGUUGCUGGCUCGUACGAUAACGAAGGCAUUGCUAUUUUCUGCAUGUUACUAACCUAUUAUAUGUGGAUCAAAGCAGUUAAAACGGGUGGGAUUUUUUGGUCAACUUUAGCCGCCUUGGCUUAUUUCUACAUGGUAUCGUCCUGGGGAGGAUACGUGUUUCUGAUUAAUCUGAUCCCGCUUCACGUGCUCGCUUUGAUGGCAACCGGUCGUUUCACACAUCGAGUUUAUAUCGCCUAUAGCACUCUGUAUACAAUCGGAACCAUACUGUCAAUGCAGAUCUCGUUUGUAGGAUUCCAGCCGGUUCAAAGCUCCGAGCAUAUGCUGGCAUUUGGUGUUUUUGGACUCUGCCAGCUCCAUGCCCUCGUGGAUUACGUUCGUGCUCGCGUUUCUAAGGAACAUUUUGAUAUACUGUUCAACGCCCUGGUUGUUUCAAUCGCUACAAUAACUGCGCUAUUAAGUUUGAUUCUAACCCUGACCGGUAAAAUAUCGCCCUGGACCGGACGAUUCUACUCGCUGCUAGAUCCCUCCUAUGCUAAGAAUCACAUUCCUAUUAUUGCAUCCGUUUCGGAACAUCAGCCGACGUCCUGGUCGUCGUUUUACUUCGAUCUGCAGAUUCUUGUCUUUCUGUUUCCGGCCGGGCUGUAUUUUUGCUUCUCGAAACUUUCCGAUGCAAAUAUCUUCAUUAUUCUGUACGGCGUUACCUCGAUCUACUUUGCGGGUGUUAUGGUUCGUCUAAUGCUGGUUCUAGCACCGGUCAUGUGUGUCCUGUCGGGAAUUGCCAUCUCCCAUUUGCUAACGAAAUACAUACGAAAUGUGGACUCAGGUGGCAGCGGGACCGCUGCUGGUGGCAAAGCUUCCGAUUCGAAGAAAGCCAAAAAGCACGAACAGCAGUCACCGAUGAAGAGGGAAAUUGCCAUCGCUUUCGUGAUGGUUCUUACGUUGCUACUGAUCACCUACACGUUCCACUGCACCUGGGUUACCUCGGAAGCGUACAGUUCGCCGAGUAUUGUGCUCAGUGCGCGAUCCCAUGAUGGCGGUCGGAUUAUUUUCGACGAUUUCCGUGAAGCGUACUAUUGGCUGAAAAUGAACACACCGGAGGAUGCACGGGUAAUGUCCUGGUGGGAUUACGGCUACCAAAUAACAGCGAUGGCUAAUCGGACUAUACUGGUGGACAACAACACGUGGAAUAACACUCACAUUUCCCGUGUGGGACAAGCGAUGGCCUCUACCGAAGACAAAGCUUACGAAAUAAUGAAGGAGCUCGACGUGGAUUAUGUGCUUGUAAUUUUCGGAGGGCUGACGGGUUACUCUUCUGAUGAUAUCAACAAGUUCCUUUGGAUGGUUCGCAUUGGCGGCAGCACCGAUCGUGGUGCGCACAUCAAGGAAACCGAUUAUUACGCCUCCAGCGGCGAUUUCCGUAUCGAUAAAGAGGGUUCGCCGACGUUACUCAACUGUUUAAUGUACAAAAUGUGCUACUAUCGCUUCGGGCAGGUUUACACCGAAGGUGGAAAAGCCCCGGGAUACGAUCGCGUACGCGGAGCUGAGAUAGGCAACAAAGACUUUGAGCUGGAUGUGCUAGAGGAAGCUUAUACCACGGAGCACUGGUUGGUACGUAUUUACAAAGUAAAAGACUUGAGCAACAGGGGCGUGUAGAGGGCGAUUUUACUCGGGUUCUCAGAGAACAUCUACCUAUCUCGAUUUGGCUCUAGAAUAGGUAUUCCAUUCGUACUCAAAAUUAUUACUUAUUUACCAGUGGGAAAAUUUCUUUAUCAACACAAACAUCGUCUACUAAGCAGAAUAGUUGCACUCGCAUAAAGUUCUAGUUGUUUUGUUUAAUCAGAAAAAAGGCGAUUGGAUUAACUGAUAAGUACGAAACAAAACCUGCCACAAAAUAUCUACAGUUUAUAAUAAUCACCGCAUUUUUUUACGCGAACUGCAGUAAGAGAAAACUGAAAAACACGUGCAUUUAUAAGCAGCAGCAAGUAGGUAUUGAGUUUUAGCAGAUUCAUUUAAAAAAAUACCGCAGAAGUAAAACUCAGGCUCAGAAAAUAAAACUGUCACA